AUGGCAUUUCCUAUUAAAAAGUCGCCUGAAGAAUGGAAAAGAAUCCUUUGUCCUGAUCGGUAUAAAAUUCUUCGUAAAAAAAAUACAGAACCACCUGGAUCAGGAGAAUAUGAUUCUCAUUAUCCUUUAUAUGGGUUUUAUAUCUGUGCAGGAUGUAAAUUUCCUUUGUAUAAAGCAGAAACGAAAUUUAAAUCAGGAUGUGGUUGGCCAUCAUUUUAUCAAUCAAUAGAGAAUUCUGUUAAAAGGAUACCUGAUUUAUCUGGUGGAAGAAUCCGAACAGAAAUUGUUUGUAGUCAAUGUGGUGGACAUUUAGGUCAUGUGUUUAAAGGUGAAGGUUUUAAUGUACCUACAGAUGAAAGACAUUGUGUAAAUAGUUUAUCUAUACUUUACAAGAAUAUUAAGGAUUAG